UCAACGUUGACCCAUUGCUCACGCUAGCUGGUCUCUCCCUCUCUGUCUUUUGUUUAAUGGUUAGGGUUUCAUUAACCUCUCUUUCCUUUUCGAGAGGUAACGAGGGAGACUCUAGGGAUUCUUCUUGGCGUUUUUAGCUCAAUUUUCAAAUCAAGCUCAUGUAAAUUUCUAUUCCCUUUCUCUUUGACUGUCUUUAUCUUGAUUCCUACUUUCUGCGUUUACUCAUUUGUUUUCCUCGAUAGUGUAUGUGAAACUGGGAGUUGAUAAAUUAGUUGAGGGGUUUGCUUUGGAUUAUUGGGUUUAUGCUUGUUGCAUAUUUUUUGGUUCAUUUACUAUCAAUUUUGAUCAAAGAUUCCGUCUUUUGGGUAAGGACUGUGCAGGGAUAUGUGGGUUCUGUUACAUGGUAUGCAAUAAUUUUAGGCUUAGAUUUAAUAUAGUUUGAAGCAGAUUUAGGUUUGGAUUUUAGGAUGAAGUGAAAAAGAAAUCGAAGGAGUUUACUGAAUAUAUUGGGUUGCUUUUGCUUUUGUUUUGUGGAGGGAUUUAAUGAUCUGCUAGGUUUUUGGAGCUUAAUUUUGGAGUUCUGGUGUUACUUUGAGCUUUUUCUAUUGGAUUGACUUCGACGAUACUUUAAUAGAAAUUAAUACCUGCCUUAUUCCUAGAGAGGAGAGAUUAAGUGUUAAACUUGAAAUUUAAGUUCAGAAUUUUUAUUGUUGGGGUUUUUGGAUGGUCUGACUUUGAGAUUCUCUGAUAAAAUUGGUGUUUUGAAUUAAGCUGAAGUUGGUUUUUCUGGUAUGGAUAACUCAAAAAGUAGGCCGCAGAAUGAUCAUUUGGGUGUGAACAAAAUGGGCAAGAAUAUAAGAAAGAGCCCAUUGCACCAACCGAAUUUUGCGAACAAUGUUAAUAGGCAACAACCUCAGCCUCAGGUUUACAACAUUAGCAAGAAUGAGUUUAGAAACAUUGUUCAGCAGCUGACUGGUUCUCCAUCUCAAGAACCUUUGCCUAGACCUCCUCAUAAUCCCCCCAAACCCCAAAGUAUGCGGCUGCAGAAGAUUAGACCUCCUCCUUUAUCUCCAAUUAACAGACCCCAGAUUCCCCCUCCAGCGCCGGCUCCAGCAGUGGCUCCACCCCCAGUUCCUUUUAACAAUGGCUUUGUUAGGCCAGGCCAAUAUGGACACCCAUCUCCAACUAUGAUGCCACCAAUGGCUCCUGGGGAGGCUCCUUGGGCAAAUACUGCUGAGUCUCCUAUCUCAGCUUACAUGCGCUAUCUUCAGACUUCAAUCAUGGAUCCUAGUCCGAGAGCAAACCUAACCCAGCCAUCGUUACCUCAACCGCCAGCACAAGGUCCAGGGCAAAUUCAGCCUCCACCACCAUCUUCUGGUUUACUUCCUAAUCCACCUAUGCCUCCACUACCAUCACCCAGAUUAAAUGGUCCUGUUCCACCUUUACCUAAUCUCCCUUCCCCACAAAUUAAUGGCCCUCCGCUGUUACCCUCACCAACAUCCCAGUUCCUUUUACCAUCUCCUACAGGUUUCAUGAAUUUGUUAUCUCCGAGGUCGCAUUAUCCGAUGUUUUCUCCAGGGGUUCAGUUUCCUCCACCAUUGACACCCAAUUUUCCAUAUUCACCUAUGGCUCAGUCGGGGAUUUUAGGUCCAGGUCCUCAACCUCCACUGUCACCAGGUCUUGUAUUUCCAUCACCUACAAGUUUUUUCGCGCUAUCAAGUCCAAGAUGGAGGAAUCAAUGAUCCAGGUUAUAAACUAUGUUGUUUCACAGAGUUCUGUGCUUGAACAGGAGCUUGUACCUUUGUCAUGGAGGCUUAUCUGCAAUUCAUGGGAACUUGAUUUGUGAAAUGUUCUGUAUACUGCUUGUGUAAGAGGUACUCCAAAAAGUUUGUAAACUCUCUUUCCUUUGAAAUUUCCUUGUUCUUUUUUUUUUUUUUUUUUUUUUUUUUUUUUUUUUUUAUGUUUGUUGUUU